GUCGCUAACGACUCCGAUUCCGAGAACUUCAACCAGCACAACAGCGGGCGCUUGCGCAAAGGAGAGCAAAGGACAGCGCUGUGUGUGUGGUCUCAAGUCAACACACGCACACGCAUUCAGUGCAAGGCUACAUGCGGCGAGUGUAUCAACCUACCCGCCUCGCACCAACAUACGCACACGUCGUGUAAGGUCACCGUGAUCCACCAGCUAUCGCUAGUUCCAUCAAUUGUGCUAGGUUCGGGAAUCGGUGACAAGUGCGCACACCAGCCGACCUGAACCUUCAGCACAGCUUGUUCGUAAGCAACCCACGCGACCAGUCAUCAGCAACACAGCAGCAGACACGCAAAGUCCACCCACCAACGGCACGGAAAGGGAAUCCAGCUCGUGCAGCAUCCACCAUCACCGGCCCGCUUGUCACGUCAACUCUUCGUGUCCCUGUGCGUGUGCGUGGUGACCGCACUUGUGGGUUUUGGGAGGCGGAUUGACAGCACAUGUCCAUAACCAUGUCUGGGGGCCAGGUUCCGCGUUCGAGGCGUGAAACUGCCCCUGCAAUGUCCACGGAAACGACCCCGCUUGCCAUGCAGGCGCGGGAUGUGUCCAAGCACCCGCUGCCGGCAGAGCUACAGCAGAUGGCCGAGGAUGAGACCAUCUGCAAGUUCUGUGGCAUCAGCUACCUCAUCCAUCGCCAAGUCAAGGCGCUGCAGGAGGAGAAGGAGUUUCUUGAAGGGCAGCUGCGGCGCUUCAAGGACGACGCUGCGCAGGCCAACGCCAUGCGGGAGCGGAUACGACAGCUGGAGGCCGAUGAGGAGGUGGCGCGCGUGGAGCUGGGGCGCGCCGAGGAAAAGCUGCAAACCCAGCAGCGUGCGCUUGCAGACGUGCGCGAUCGCAUGCCCGUGCUGUUCCAGAGUCUCCGCAAGCAGCUCACGGCGCUGCGGGAGACGGCCGUACCGCAGAUGCAGGCCGUGGCGAGCGCGGCUGGCAGCGAUAUUGCCCAGCACGUGCAGGCUGUGGCGGCACGGUGUGCGCGGCUGGAGCGCGACAAACAGCAGCUGGAGGACAUGAACAAGCAGGCGAGCGAGCGCGUGGCGUCGCUGUCUUCCCUGCAGGCAUCAUACACGCGGAGCAGGGAGGAGGUGGAGCGGCUCAAGGCAGAUCUUGCGCAGACCGAGGCUGCGCACAAGGACGCGCAGGCCGUGCGGGCGGAGCUGGAGCAGAAGACAGCGGCACUUGCGGCUGCGCAGGCGAGAAUACGGGCGCUGGAGGACGAGAGUGUUCGCGCACACACGGGCAAUAAGGAGGAAAUGGGGAGCCUGCAGGCAAAGCUGACGGCCGCACAGGCAGAGCUCGCUGCUGUGAAGAGGGAAUGCAAAGAGUGCACGGCCAAGCUGCAUGAAGCUGAACGUAGCAAGCAGGUCGAAACCGCCCAGCAGUCGCGGCUCGCUUCCGCGUGUGCGUGGGCGUCGCAAUCGCUGGAAAAGGCCGAAGCAGCCAUCACCAAACUGCAGCACGACAAAGACAAGCUCACCCAAGAGCUGGCGCGUGUGCGGGCAAGCGUUGUGGACAAAGCGUCCAGUCACGAGCUCAUUGCGCAAUCCAAGGCGGAGGUGGAGCAGCGACUUUCUGACACGGUGUCAGAACUAAACAACAUGCGAUCAGCGAAAGAGGCGUUGUCCAAGGAGAACGAGGCACUGAAGCACAAGCUACAGGAACUGAACUCAAUAUGCGAGACAAUGGAACACAAAGUGACACAGCAGCAGCAGGACACACACGCGCAGCUGACGACGGUUAUUGCGCAACUCAAGCAGCAGUUACAGGGCGAUAAGGAGCGCUUUGAGAAGGAGUUGCAACUUGCGUCGCACCGCAGUGCAAACCUGUCGAAGCAGGCUGAGGUGGCACGCGAGGAGAAUGCCAAGCUGAUGGCAACCAUCACUGAGCUUGAACAACAGCUUCAACACACGUCUGUCACCUCCUCGGAGCAAGUCCUCAAGUUGCAACAACAAUUGGCGGAGAAGAAGCGCGCAAAUGAGGAAUUGGACCAGCGGCUCCAGCUUGCUCUGCAGAACGCACACGACCCAACAGAGGCACGCCAGCUCAGGGAAGCAUUGUCGGGGAAGGAGGAGGAGAUUGCUGUUCUUCAGGACACCGUCGCUCGAGAGUGCAUGGAGCGGGAGCAACUGGUGAAGAGCCUCGAGUCUGCGCGGGAGCAGGUGAUGCGGCUGCAAGGCGCUGGAUCGCGACGAUCAACAGCACCGCGCUACUCUCGGUUGCUUGGCUGUUCGGAGGCAAAGCGGCGCAGCACAAGCGCACCGCUCCGCCUCAGUCCCAUCGUCGUCGUCAUCGUCGUCACACCUCCGCGCAGCGCAGCAGCGCUCCGCUCGGAAGCACGCAAUCCAGCACCACCCAGCACCAACGAUAUGCGGGGCUUCCAGAAAGACACGAAGCGAAGCAAAGACAAUAUCUGA